AUGUCAUUUCGAGGAUGGAUUGUGUUGUUUUGCGCGCUACAUGUGACCCAUUCCUCUUCACUGAUUGAUAGAAUAUGCAAAAUCAACAGGUCUUUCAAUGGCUGUGCCUCGCGGACCAAGGAAAGGAACAACGAAACGCGACCCAAGUGGAUUCGUGCGGAUGAACUGUCGGAUGAGGACCAGAAGUUUCUAAGACUGGCUCGGCAAACGGGAGACGAUCCAUCUUGCAAAACCUUGAAACCGGAUGCGAUAAGUGCUGCGCUUUCACACCGCCACUGGGCUCCGCAAGCUUUCGAAGAGACAAAGAUCUCGCGUUUCAGUGAACUCAAAAUCGACUUCUCAGCGUACUGCAAGAAAUCGAGGGAACGUUUCCAGUACGUCUGCCCAAAGCCGUUCCGAUUCAAAACCUAUGCAGAACAGGCAGUCGACUUUUGCAUUCGAUAUAAAGAGCGGUGCCCAGGGACGAGUCUGCCUGACGAGCCAGUGCCAUUCAAAAAAGAGGACGAGUCUCACAUCUACAUCAGAGAGAUUCAGUCGGCAUGCAAGAAUAUGUACCGCGGAGCACGAACGUACUGCUUUCAUCCGGAACUUCUCAAAUACCCAAAAUAUGCGAUCCCAUGUGCUCUCUACAAGAUGACGUGCGUUGAUGUUUACAACAAAGUCAUCUACGGAUGA